GUUUCCUCCUUCCCUUCUGUCGCGAUGUCUGGGUCGGCGGCAGGGUCGGCGGCCUCCGGGGCCGGCUCGGUGGGCUCGGUGGUGCGGCGCUUCCUGGCCGAGUACAGCAGCGGCACGCCGAGCCGCCUGAAGGUGCUGGACGCCUACCUGCUCUACGUCAUGCUGACGGGCGCGCUGCAGUUCGGCUACUGCCUCGGCGUCGGCACCUUCCCCUUCAACUCCUUCCUCUCGGGCUUCAUCUCGGCCGUCGGCAGCUUCAUCCUGGGCGUGUGUUUGAGGAUCCAAAUCAACCCACAAAACAAAGGAGAUUUUCAGGGCAUCUCCCCCGAACGAGCCUUCGCCGAUUUCCUCUUCGCUAACACCAUCCUUCAUCUUGUCGUCAUCAACUUUGUGGGCUGAUCAA